UACCUGACAAAUGUCAACUUCACUCAACGCCAAAUUUCUUCGCAGGCUUUUAAGGCGGAAUGUGGAUAUUCCAAUAUGCGUCCGGAGGGAAACUUCGACCAGAUUCUUGGCAACAACGAAGCAAUACCGUGCUUGUGACAUUGACAAACCGUCACCAAUCAAAAGCCCAGGGACAGCUGACCAUAGGACCCGAUUGAUCAACAACCCUCUUCCCUUCAAGACUUUCCUUACAGGAGCAGCUCACACCGAUCAUGUCACUGUUGACACAGAAGAAGUUCCGUAUGCUCCCGUUCAAAUAGAGAAGGAAAACAGAAAAGUGUACUUUGAAACCUAUGGCUGCCAGAUGAAUGUGAAUGAUACAGAAAUAGCGAUGGCUAUCCUGGAGAAAAAUGGAUUUGAAAUGACAACAAAUGUGAAAGAGGCUGAUGUCCUAUUCAUGAUGACCUGCUCUAUCAGGGAAGGUGCUGAACAAAAGAUCUGGAAACGUCUAGAAUACUACAAAUCGCUGAAAAAGAAGCAAUCAUCCAUGAAAAUUGGUAUUUUAGGGUGUAUGGCUGAAAAUCUAAAGAAGAAGAUCAUAGAGAAAGACAAACUUGUAGACAUCGUGUGUGGGCCUGACGCUUACAAAGACCUCCCUCGUCUACUGGAUGUCACAUCAACUGGACAGGCAGCUGUGAAUGUGAUGUUAUCAUUCGACGAGACAUAUGCUGAUGUGAUGCCAGUUCGAGUAAAAAAAGAUUCACCUUCUGCAUUUGUGUCUAUCAUGAGAGGCUGUGACAACAUGUGUACCUACUGUAUUGUGCCAUUCACUAGGGGCAAGGAAAGGAGUCGCCCCAUAGCGUCGAUAGUGGAAGAGGUCCAGGCCUUAUCUGAUCAGGGGUUAAAAGAAAUCACACUGCUUGGGCAAAAUGUCAAUAGCUACUUGGAUAAAUCAGAGUCCAAGUUUUAUGGUGGAUUUGAUGCUAAUACUCCAACAAAAAAUAGUUUAGGAUUUAAGACAGUUUACAAGCCAAAGGUUGGAGGGCGAAGAUUCAGUGAUUUGUUACAGGCAGUAUCAAGGGUAGACCCAGAGAUGAGGAUUCGAUUCACCUCACCACAUCCAAAAGACUUUCCAGACGAGGUCCUAUAUAUGAUGAAAGAUCAGCCAAACAUCUGUAAUCAAAUUCACCUACCUGCCCAGAGUGGCAGUACAGCUGUGCUUCAGGCCAUGCGACGUGGCUACUCACGGGAGUCCUACUUGGAACUGGUACAUCACAUCUGGGAUAUUAUACCAGACGUAUCACUGUCCAGUGACUUUAUUGCGGGAUUCUGUGGAGAGACUGAGGCAGACCACGAGGACACUCUGUCACUGAUGAACAUCGUACAAUAUAACUUUGUAUUUAUGUUUCCCUACAGUAUGAGAAAUAAGACACAUGCCUACCACAAGUUACAAGAUGAUGUUCCUGAUGAUGUCAAGAGGCGACGUCAUCAAGAGAUUACAAAAGUAUUUCGGGAAGGGGCUCUGAAGCGGAACCAGGCUCAGAUUGGACAGGAACAACUUGUGUUGGUGGAAUCAGUAAGUAAAAGAUCCAAUGAUGACAUGGCAGGUAGAAAUGAUGGCAACACCAAAGUGAUUCUGGCAAGCAGUGGAGCAUCAGCUGAGAACAACUUAAAUCUUAAACCUGGAGACUACGUUGUCACUGAGAUUACUUCCUGUUCAUCUCAAGUUUUACAUGGAAGACCGUUAUACACCAGUACUGUUCAAGACUUUAACAAAUCUCAACACAGUUAUCAGAGCAGCACACAUCAACGGACUGCUGUUAUAAAUUAGAUGCGAUCCAAGAUUUAAAUAUGUGAUAUAUAUCUGAUUCUAAAUAAAUAUGCUUGUGAGAUU